GAAUUGACAUGCUGCAGGUUAUGACGGACGGCAGGCGUUCGGAGUUAGUCUCGCGGAACCCCGCUUACGGCUUAUGUCAUCCAUGAAGUGCAGUAAAUCCGAAUCCGUCACAGCUGCCCGCGAAAAGUCGUGAACCCCGUCUGUCUUGUCUUGGAAAUCUCACCGAGCAAGCCAGCACGCGAUACACGAAGGUCGCGCGCUACCAAACCCAACCCGCCAACGCCGUCGCACACACGUCUAGAGCAAGACACUAUUCUUCAGUCGAGUUCAACACGGAUUUCAAGGGUCUUGCUCCUUUCCCGCGACGUCAGAGCCGCACAGCGCGCAUCGUGCAGCCCGGAAUCCCGGUUCGCUCAUCGACAGAUCACGGGGUUGGGCCACCCUCAGCGUCAAACUCCUGCCGGCUCACUGACGCCGCACGCGCAUGGCACCUCCGGACUUGACGCCCAGGUCGGGCACGUCCUCGAGCAACCAGGCCGACGGGUCGCCUGCGGGCUACGGGCGUUCGUGCACCAACUGCUCGCGCGCCAAAUGCAAGUGCAUUUUCAAGUCGAGCGUCGGGAGCUGUGAGCGAUGCCACCGCCUUGGCAAGGACUGCCAGCCCAUUGCGGCCUCGAGGAAGCGCGUGGAGAAGAGGCAGACCCCGUCAAGGACAGCCCAACUCGAGGAGAAGCUCGAUGAUCUCGUGUCCAUCUUGCGGUCCACGCAGGGGGGCUCCAUGGCUGGCAUCGCGGGUGGCAGGCAGCCCUUCCCUCCCAUGUCUGCCGAGUCCAGCUACCCUCCGCCGCCCACGAGCCGGCUGGACUCGUUGGCCACUGCUGCUACGGCGACAGAUCCUCAUGGCUCGAACAAUGCGGCCGCCGCUGCGGCGUACCCUGCCAUUACAAAGGCCAACAACAGCAAUUUGAAUGCAAACUACAACGAGAGCGACGACAACUCGGAACCAACGCCCGCAGAGGCAGAACUUUAUCUGCAAAAGUUUCGAGCGUGGCAGCAGAAUCUGCCUUUCAUGGUCCUUCCACCCAACAUGGACGCAGCCCAGUUGCGACAAGAGAGCCCAUUCUUGUGGCUGUGCAUCAUGAACAUUACCAGCAUGUCACUACCGCAAAUGCAGGCGCUGAAGGAGCGUGUACGCAGGGAGUUGGCGGAAAGUAUGGUCAUACGGCACGAGCCCUCCAUGGACAUUAUCCAAGGACUCAUUGCCUAUCUGAGCUGGUCACUCAUGAACUCGGGCCCCGGCUGGAAGCCAUUCUUGAUUCUGUUCUCGCAGCUGGCCAUGAGCGCUUGCUACGAGUUGGGCCUGACCAGGUCUUCUGCUGAAGAGGAGCAUUUUGCGAGAUGUUUCAAGGCUUGGGUCCCCAGGCCACCGCAAGUCAAGCUGCGAACCUCGGAAGAGAGGCGGGCCCUAGUGUCCCUCUGGUAUCUGAUAUCCAUCAUCUCCACGUUCAUCGGCAAGACGGAUUCGCUACGCUGGACAAAUCACAUGGAGGAAUGCCUCGAGGCACUAGACCAGGACAAGGAGCAUAUCCAGGACACCAUUCUGGUCAGCCUUGUCCGCAUUCAGCUCAUUGCUGAUGAGACGCACAAACUCGUGAUUCAAGACGUUCUCAAAGGCGAGACUUUUGAUUACACGCCAAGUUAUGUGUAUCGAAAGACAUUGCUCAGCCGCCUGCGGAUUUUACGCGAGGGCAUGGGCCCUGUGGCUAACUCGAGCUAUGUUGUGCAGGCCCACCUGUAUGCCACAGAGGUCAUGAUCAACUCCUUGGGGUUCUUCAAACCUUCGGUGCCAGAAGCUCAACGGCUCGACUCGAUGUACUCCUGCCUGCGCGCCGUGCGCGGAUGGUAUGAUGUCUGGUUCUCGAUUCCCAUGACGGACAUUCCCGGCCUUCCGUUUGCUCUGCUUGUGCAGCUCUCGCAUGUGCAAGUUGCCCUGUACAGAUUGUCCACGUCCGACGAUCCUGCUUGGGACAAGGAUGUUCUUCGGAACACGGCCGAUCUCUUGCUGAUCUUGGACAAGAUCAUUGAGCGAUUCGAGGCCAUGCAGACUGUGUAUCCCAUGAAAACAGGCAAAGACGAUGCCGAGUCCACACUGUGGUGUCGAGCGACCAAGAUCAUCAAGAAUAUCAAGGCCAGCUGGGAGCCGACAUUGACGCAGAACUACAGCAGCAACAACAGCAACAGCAACAAUAGCAACCCUGGUUUCCCGACACCGAAUAGCCAGGGCCAUGGUGUACCCGUCAAUGGCGGAGGGAUACCGAUCGGUAUGGGCCACACGAUGGAUCCAAGUCUCCCCGACCCGACGGCGGGCAUGGGCUUUGUUGAUCUGCCGUGGAUGAUGGACAUGUUUGGACCUUGGGAGUUCAAUUAGGCUAUGCUAGCUACUGAGGUUUGCCCUGGCUCGCUGUACAAGUAUACCCUGCGCUCGUCGCUUUGCCCUACAGUGUCUUGUCAGACGUACUUCUGUGACCCCAUUGUGUCAGUAGGUUGUAUGCGUAGCCGAUAGUGAUGUGUUUCGCCGCGCCACGUGGUUCCUGAUUUCGUAGUUGUCCAGGGAUAGACUAGGCACGUCGCAUCGCUUCUGGAGUGAGACAUAUGAGUGCGUUGAUCAGUGACGCGAUGAGCAGGUACUUGGUAGGCAUCCAAUCCAUCGGUCAAGGGCUGGAGGCCGUGGUGGAGC